AACACAAUUUCAGGGUCUCGUGGACUGAGAAUUCUUUUUGUCAUUUCCUCAGCCAGAAUGUUGAGAGAUCUCAAGUUCUUGCGCCGAAACACGGGGAAGGAUUCCAGUAUAGAGGAUGCUGAGAAUGUUCCACUGAAUCCAAAGGACUCAUUGGUUCCUCAGAUUGGUUCAGAUUCAUCAUCAAGGCCCCCCUUAAAUGUAAUUCAAGAAGCAGCCCAGGUUUUGAAAGGUGGCUUAGAUCAAGAAAUGAGUGUUAGGGCCAGUAAAACUGAUAGAACCCCUACUAAGUCCACCAAAGCUACAACCUCGGUGCACCUUCGUACACCGGAAAAGCAGGGCAAAAAUCGAUUCGGUUGGGCCCAGAAAAGUGAAUCAAGUUCAAAUGCUGCAGAAAUGAAGGGUGAUGGGAAUGGUAAUACGCGGACAGUGGCCAAUGUUGUAACUCCUCGUUCGACUAGGACUAUGGGGAGGGCUAAUAAUUCCAGUUAUUCAGAGUGUAAUUCAACUCAAAGCACACCUACAAAGAGUGUGAGCAAGCCUCAAAAUCCGGGAUUUUGUUUGGCUAGUGGUUCUAGGCCUCCUCCUAGUGGUGGUGCUCGGAUGUCCAACUUUGCUGCUCUGUCUAAAGGGAUACCAAUUUCUUGUAAUUCAGUUACUGUUGUCAAUUCUGUCGAGGUCCCCCAUUUUGAACCCAAGGAGGACCCCUCAUUCUGGUUGGAGCACAAUGUCCAGGUUUUGAUACGUGUACGGCCUCUCAGCAAUGCAGAAAAAAGUACUCAUGGUUACUCUAGGUGCCUGAAGCAGGAAAGUGCACAAACCAUCACCUGGAUUGGGCAACCUGAAACACGGUUCACAUUUGAUCAUGUUGCCUGUGAAUCAAUAGACCAGGAAACACUUUUCAGGUUGGUUGGUUUGUCAAUGGUGGAGAACUGCUUAUCUGGAUACAACAGCUGUAUGUUUGCUUAUGGGCAGACAGGAAGUGGGAAGACGCACACAAUGCUUGGUGACAUUGAUGAGCUAGAAAUUAAACCCAGCUUAAAUCGUGGUAUGACGCCACGGAUAUUUGAGUUCUUGUUUGCAAGAAUCAGAGCAGAACAGGAAAGUCGUAAGGAUGAGAAAUUACGAUAUCAUUGCAAAUGUUCAUUUUUAGAGAUCUAUAAUGAGCAGAUUAGUGAUCUCCUUGAUCCUUCAUCAACAAACUUACAGUUGCGUGAGGAUAUCAAGAAAGGUGUGUACGUUGAAAAUCUAUCAGAAUUUGAAGUCCAAACUGUUGGUGACAUUCUUAGACUUUUGAGACAGGGUUCUUCAAACAGGAAAGUUGCAGCUACCAAUAUGAACAGAGAAAGCAGCAGGUCACACAGUGUUUUUACAUGUGAAAUUGAGAGUAGUUGGGAAAAGGACUCCACAUGUAAUUUCCGUUUCGCACGGCUGAACCUUGUCGAUCUUGCUGGUUCUGAAAGGCAAAAGACUUCUGGCGCUGAAGGUGAACGUCUAAAGGAGGCAGCAAAUAUCAACAAAUCGUUAUCUACUCUAGGACAUGUAAUAAUGGUUCUUGUGGAUGUUGCAAAUGGAAGACCAAGGCAUAUUCCAUAUAGAGACUCCAGGCUGACAUUUUUGCUUCAGGAUUCUCUGGGUGGAAACUCGAAAACAAUGAUAAUAGCCAACGUCAGCCCUUCUAUUUGCUCAGCUGCAGAAACACUGAACACUUUAAAGUUUGCUCAGCGAGCAAAGCUCAUUCAGAACAAUGCUGUUGUUAAUGAAGAUACUUCUGGAGAUGUUGUCACAUUACAAAACCAGAUACGGCUUCUUAAGGAGGAGCUUUCUGUUCUCAAACAUCAAAAUGUAUCCCGAGCUUUGACAUUUGGUCCACUUAUGGUGAAUAAUACACAUGAAGAUGGCAGUAGUUGCUAUGAAGAAGCAUUUGAAAUAGAUCAGCAGUCUUAUUUACUUGAUAAAGACAAAGGCAGUCUGAGAUUAUCUACUAAACAGUUCAAAUCAUUGGAGACUACACUUGCUGGUGCUUUAAGGAGAGAACAGAUGGCAGAAAUUUCUAUUAAACAACUUGAAGCUGAGAUUGAGCAGCUGAACCGUCUGGUGCGUCAAAGGGAGGAAGACACCAGGUGCACAAAGAUGAUGUUGAAAUUCAGGGAAGACAAGAUUCAACGAUUGGAGUCUCUUCUUGGUGGAUUAAUGCCAACAGAUGCUUACUUAUUGGAAGAGAACAGGGAGCUUUCCAAUGAAGUUCAGUUGCUUCGAGCUAAAGUAGAAAAAAAUCCAGAAGUGACUCGCUUUGCCCUUGAAAACAUUAGGCUUCUAGAACAACUUCGAAGAUUUCAGGACUUCUAUGAAGAAGGGGAGAGAGAAAUGCUAUCAGCAGAGGUAUCUGAACUUCGGGAUCAGGUAUUCAAGAAUCUGAAAAACAGCCGAGAUGCUUUUUCUUUAAAAAGAACACUGUGUGAAUUAGAAGAAUGCAGGACUAACCUAAACCGCUGCUUAGAGUACAAUGCAAAGCUCAGCAGGGAAGUUGAGGAUUUGCACUCUUCAUUAAGCAUUAGUAGAUCUGGAGCUGAGGAACAGGAUGGCAAUAUUAAAGUCAUUAAGGAGUCCAUAACGGAAGCUCCAUCUUUCCAUAAUGAGCCAAUAGAGGCUGCUCAGAAAGUGAAGAAAGAAACUUGGCCAGGAAAUAUGAAUGAACAAAUAGAAGAAGUUCUUGAUUUGCAACUGGAGUUGGAUAUUCUGAAAGUUAUUCUCAAAGAAGAGAGGUCUUACCGUCAGCAAGCCGAGACAAGGGCACAAUCCCUGAACAGAGAUCUUAGUCUGUCAAAGGAAAAGGUCCUUUUGAUAACCAAACAGUGUGAUGCUGUGGAAGAAGAACUAAAGGAAGCAAAAUCCAUCAUUGAAGCUCUCGAGUCACAACAAAUUCUAGUGAUCAAUGAGUUAGAGGAACUCAGAAACGCUAACACCCAGAACGUGGAAACUUUGCACAAACAGAAGCUUGAACUCUCUACUCUGAAGGAGCAAACUGGUUGUCAAGAUUUCAAAAAUCUUCCAUCAACUACGCACAAUGAAGAUUGUUCUUUAGAAGAGAAGCUGAACAAGAUGCAUGCUUCUCUAGAAAAAGCCAACAGACUCAAUAAGUGGUACCAAAGUGACAGAGCAUUUCAGGCAUCCAAUGAAGAACAAAUGGAUGAGGUCCGUAGGCAGGUUGAGGCUGAAACUGCCGAGGUCAUUGUAUGCCUGCAGGAAGAACUUUAUCUUCUUCAGCAAGAAGUCCAAGCAGGUAAUGAGAAAGAGAUGGAGACCAAAGAGAGCUUGGCAGUUUUGCAAACUGAAAUAAAAGAAUUGCAGGAAAAAUUAUCUUUGAUGACCCAAGAAAACACAAAAUUGAGCAAAUUGCUAGAGAACAAAGAAAAUGAAUUAGCACAAUUGUCUGGAGAAUGGGAUCUGUUGACCAAUGAGAUUGAAGCUGUUCUUCAAGGUGGGCAUGAGUCCCUUAAAGAUGCAUCAGAUCAACUGACUACUAUCUCAAGUUCAUUUCCCCAGAAAAGCAGUUGGAUUUCUGCUCAAUUUGGAAGGAUGGCAAAACACAUUUUUGAGAAGGAAUUGCUGAUUGAAGAGCUCAACCAUUAUUUAGAUGUUGCUUCCAGUAAAAGAAAUGAAAUGGAGUGCAUGCUGAGUUCUUUAAGAGGAGCCGCUCUGGUUAUGACUGAAGUGCACCAGCAAGAGUGCAGUAGAAAGGACAAAGAGAUAAUCCAGCUAUCUUCCCAGUUGACUGCUGAAUCUUCUACGAUUCUUGAACUGAAUAACAGAAUCAAGCACGUCGAGGAUCAUCUUAGAAAUGCUUCAACUUGUGCAACAGUUGCUUUUGUUAUUGUGAAUCGAUUAUCUGAGUUGAACUCUAAUCAUCUUGAUGCAUUAAAGCAUUUGGAUAAACAGCUCAAGGAACUAGUAGAAACAAACACUAACAAGGAUUGUGUUAUUCAGAGUCAGGCUUCGAUAAUUGGCGAAGCAGAGAAGCAGGUUCAGUCUCUUAAAAAAGACUUAGAAGGGUUGAAGGCAAGCUGCAGUGAUCUAAGUCUGAAGCUAUCUGAGGAGCAGAAAUGCGGUAAUGCUUUGAGACUGGAGCUAGAAGACUAUGAAGAAAAAACUAUCUUGAAAACAGGAGAGAAACUUACAGAGUUCAAAAAUGGUGUUUCAGAAGUGAGAUCUUACAUGAAGGAGUAUGUGGAGACAAUUGGAAGUUUUGGAGGACAUGAUUCUACAGAAACUUCUACAUGCUUCUCCGUCAAUGAAAAUGAUGACAAACGGACAGGUAUGGAGACAAAAGAAGCUUUCAAAUACAUGAACUCAUGUGCUGACGGAGAUAUAAUAUUUAAAUCACCAGGAUGUUUUGCUGACCUAGGAAAUAACAGAAGUGGUGAGAACAUUUUGGAGUGUCAAAAUACUUUGAAGGAUGUAAACAACAAAGAUGCCACCAUUAUGCUUCUGAAGAAAGAAAUAGAAUCUGCUCUCGAAAGCUUGAAUGGGGUGCAAGCUGAGAUGUCCAAAUUACGAGAUGAGAAAGAUAAAUUCUACACAUCCGAGAAAGAGAUCCAGAGGGGCAUUGAGUGCAUUGUGAAUCAGGUAGUUCUUUUGCAGAAUGCUAUGGAUUAUUUUGAAGAGGAAUCAAAAUUCAGGAUUGAUAGUCUGGAAUUUAAGCUACAUGGGUUGGAAGAAAUUGUGCAGCACUCUUGUAAUUCCUGGAUCAAGCAAAAAGAGUUGCUUGAGGCAGAGCUUGGGGAUGCAAGGGCAGUUUCCACGCAGAAAGACACUGAAGCUUCCUGCAUUCUUGCUAAAUUUGAAGAGGUCCAAGACACCAUGAAAGAUGCAGAUAUAAUGAUAAAUGAACUUAUGAUAGCGAAUGAAACCCUAAAGCUUGAGGUUAAAGAGCUCAGGAAAAAGGAGGUUUCGCUAAUUUGUGACAGCGAUUCCCUUAUCAGGCAAGUUCAAAGCUUGCAGAUCAUAAACGAUCAGAAGAAUUGCCACCUUGAAGAAGUCGAAAGACAGUUGAAAUCAGAUUUUGAAACAAUGAAGAGCUCAGUAAUGGAAAUGGAGUUGGUUUUUUCACAGGUCCAAACUGCUUCGAUCAAAGAUUGUUUGUCUGUAGCCUCUGAUUGCCUUUCCAUGAGGUCUUACUUUCAUGACUCCAUAAAGUUAAUGAGCUCAUGUCUUGAGGACAUCUGGUCUGAGAUCAUUAUCAAGGAUUCUGCUGUGUCCGUUCUGCACCUUUGUCAUUUGGGAAUUCUCUUGGAAACAGUGACUGGAUUAAAUGCAGAAAAUGGUUUGCUAAGCCGUGGGUUUGGUGAAUCUAAUGCAGUUAUAUCUGAGUUGAGAGAGCAGAAUAUCAAAUCAAGGAGAGAGCUUGAGAGUUGCAGAAGUCUUGAGGGCAAGUUAUUGGCUGACAUCAAAAAUAGUUUUGAUCGCAUAUCCAGGAAAGAGGAUGAAACUGGGGAACUCAGCAUCAAGCUAACUACUUUUGAGCAAAAGAUAAUGGAUCUACAGUUUCAAGAAGAGUUAAUGUUGCAAAGGUCUAACCAUAUGGGAUCAGAACUUGCAGUGCUAAUGAAGGAGCUGGAUCUCAGUAACCAGAAUGUAUUGGCAUCUUUUCUAGAUCGAGAAAGGUUGCUGAAAAAACAGGAGGAAGUAUUCCGAUCUCAGCAGGACAAUUUCAUAAUGGAAAUGUCUGCAAGAGAUUUUGAAUUUUUGAUCAUGUCAUUGCAGUUAGAACAAGUGACUGCUAUAAAAGCUGACAUUGAGAAAGAACAGCAAAGUUCUAUUGAAGUUCUUGAGACUUUCAAGGAAGACAUGAUUUUCCAAGUUAUAAAUGCAAGAGUAACUGAAUCAAUCUUGCUUGAGACAGAAGAAGAACAUUCUUCUCUACAGAAGGAAUUUGAAGUAGCAGGAAAGGAGCUGCAAGCAAUGCUGUCAGAGCUUGACAAAAGGAAUGCAACAAUUUCUCAAAUGGAAGAUUUCAACAGAACUCUUCUUCUUGAUGCUCAGUCACUAAAUGAAGUUGCUUCUUUGAAUGAUAAAUUGAAAGGUGAACUUGAUGAGGAGAUGGAAGCAAAAAAAAUUCUGUCAUUCCAGGUUGAGAAACUUAAUGCUGAAUGUCAGAAAUUAAUAGUAGACAAGAAGGUGAUUGAAGCUGCUCUUGAACUUUCUUCUGGAGAAAUCUCUACCCUUCAGCAGCAAAACCAGACAUUGCAAAGUAAUAUUGUCUUGUUGGAAGCAACAUCUCUUCAACUUCAGAAUGAGCUCCAGAUGAACAAUUCAGAACUUAGCAAGUUCCACUCCGUCGAUGAGAUGGAGAAGUCAACUCGUGGGGAUAUAGCAAAACUCAAAGCAGAAAAUUCUUUGCUCCUUCAGGAAUUGGAGGAGAAGAAAGCUGAACUUAUCUCAUCCUUAAGGGAGAAGAACAUCCUUGAUGUUGAAAAUAAAAAAUUGGAGGAUUUCAUCUCUUCAUUGGAAAAUCAAACUGCAAAACUGCAGAUAGAUAUGGAUGAGGCAAGAGCAGAGGUAAAUGAACUCCGCCUUUCUCAGUCUGUAGUCAAAGAUGUCAUUAAAACAAAAAGCCAGGAUUUGCAAAUACAAGUUGCUAGAGUCAAGGCUUUGCAAGAAGAGAAAGCUCUCUUGAGAGGUGAACUCAGAGAUUACAUGAGCAAGGAACGUGAAUAUCUAAAUGCCUCAAGCUCGAAGUUUGUGAGAUGUGUUGAUUCAGUGGAAUAUUUGCAUGCUGCAGGCAACAAUAUAUGCAGUUUAUCCUCUAAAGAAACUCUUUUGUUGGAUGAUAUGUUCCAAGAAUUAUGUGUCGAGUUUGGAAAGAUAUCUAGGUUUUUGGAGGAUUUUGAAAAUCUAGAGAAUUUAACUAAAGAGCUUGCAUCUGAAACAGCUUCUUUACAAACUGAGUUACUGAGGAAAGACGAAAUUCUUGGCGGACUGCUAUUUGAUAUGAGCUUGUUGCAGGAGUCUGCAUCUAAUAGUAUGGACCACAAAGAUGAAAUUGAAGCAUUGUUGGGUUCUAUAAGUUCUUUGGAAGAUGAACUCCAAUUAAAAUCAGACAAUCUCAAUGAAGCUGUUGCCAGAGGCCAAGAACUUGAAGCUCAGCUGCAGGAGAAAAUGAGGAUAAUAUCCUGUUUGGAGUUGGAUAUUGCAAAAGAACAUAAGGCUGUAAGAUCACUCAAGAGUGAAAAUCUUGAAUUGAUUGCCAGCAUUGAAGAUGCUUUAGAAGCUAAGAAGUCCAUGGAGGAGGAGUUGGUCGAGAGAAGGAAAGUCAGUGAGAACCUUGAAACUGAGGUUGCUGAAAUGGGAAUUGCUCUUGCUGAAAUGAACAUAAUGAUUGAGUCCUUAAAAUGUAAUUUGAAUGAUGUUACUGUUGAAAGGGAUGAUCUCCAUGGGGAAAUGCUUGUUUUAAAGAAAGGGCUGGAGAUGGCACGAAUUAGUGCUGAAGAAAAUGGAGCACUUGCUGCAGAAGCUCAAGAGAUGGCAGAAAUUAGUAAAGUUAAUGUUGAAGGUAAGGAACAGGAGGUGAAGCUAUUAGAGCGGUCUGUCGAAGAGCUAGAAUGUACGGUCAAUGUACUCGAAAAUAAGGUCGAGAUACUGAAAGGAGAAGCUGAACGGCAAAGACUGCAAAGGGAGGAACUUGAAAUGGAACUUCAAGCUAUCAGGCAACAGAUGCAUAGUGUCAAAAGCUGUGAUUCUGAUAUGAAAAGGAAACUUGAUGAAAAAGAGAAAAUCCUUGAAGAAGCCCUUCAGCGCAUCCAAAUACUUGAGAGAGAGAUAGCUGCAAAAGACGCAGAGAUCUCCAGAUGCAGGGGUCACAUCUCUGAACUAAAUUUGCAUGCAGAGGCCCAGGCUUCUGAGUACAAGCAAAAGUUCAAGGUACUGGAAGCUAUGUUAGAACAAGUCAAACAGGAUGUCCCAGCCAUCCAUGCAUCCGCAAAUAAGUUGGAAAAAAAUGCUUCAAAGUCUAGGGGCUCUGGUUCCCCUUUUAAAUGUAUCGGUCUGGGUUUAGUUCAACAGAUAAAGUCUGAGAAAGAUGAAGAGCUUAGUGCAGGAAGACAUCGUAUUGAAGAACUUGAGGCCCUAGCUGCAAGUAGACAAAAAGAGAUAUUCAUGUUGAAUGCACGAUUAGCUGCUGCAGAAAGCAUGACCCAUGAUGUUAUCCGUGAUUUGUUGGGUUUAAAGUUGGACAUGAAUAGUUGUGCGAACUUGCUGGAUAAUCAACAACUACAAAUGCUCAUGGAGAAGGCUCAACUACAUAAUGUUCAGGAGCAGGAAGUAGCUAAGCUGAAGCAGCAGUUGAAUGAAUUUAUCAAGGAGAGGAAAGGAUGGAUUGCAGAAAUUGAUAGAAAACAAGCUGAGAUGGUGACUACACAAGUUGCGGUGGAAAAACUGCGCCAGCGAGAUCAAUUGCUGACAACUGAAAAUGAAAUGUUGAAGAUGGAGAACCUGAAUUAUAAGAAGAGGACUACAGAACUAGAUGCAGAAGUAAAGAAGUUGUCCGGCCAGCAAAAUCUCCAACAGCGAAUCCAUCAUCAUGCUAAAAUCAAGGAAGAAAACAAUAUAUUGAAGAGGCAGAACGAUGAACUUAGUGUGAAGUUGAGAAAAUCAGAGGCUUUGCUUUCAAGGGUGAAGCAAGAGCUGGCUCAGUUUCGGAUAGCUGAUGGGAGAAGUCCCUGCAUCAACUUUGAUGAGGAGCAACGGUUAAACGACAAGUUGAUGGAAACUGAGACAGAGAGAUUCCAAUUGGCACAGGAGUUAGUCAGCCUAUGUACCAGCAUACUAAAGGCUGCUGGGAUAACAAGGCCAACGUCUGAAGUAAAUCUGGCGGUGGCUGAAGAAGCGCUUGAUCAGCUCAAGAAUAGGGUCAAUGCCCUAGAAACAGAAUUAGAAGACGUGAAAUUAAAGAAUAGAAUGAACAAAGAAAGGAUCAGAUUGUCUGAGCUCAUGCCAGAAACCUCCACUCCAUUGAGCUCACGAACAGACCCCCGCCAACAACCGACACUGCUUUCUGCUUUUGACCGAUAAUUCCAAUUGCUGGUUUGGAUGGAACAUUACUGUUAGCUAGCAUUUCUUCAUGUUGUACAUAGGGCUAUAAACACUAAACAGCCAUGUACGUUUUACUCACAUCAAUUAUUUUUCUUCCCCUUUUUGUACAUAACUGGAUUAUUUUGCAGUUUGUUUG